CCACUUUCGCUUUCAAAAGUAGGAUUUGAUGCUAUCAAUUAUGUCCAAAAUCGCCAGAAUAGCUACAUCCCACAGAGGUGUAGCUAGUGUCAGGAAUCAGAACUUUGAUUACUUUCUUGUGCUGGAUUUUGAAGCAACAUGUGACCGAGACAGGAAACUUGUGCCACAGGAGAUCAUUGAAUUCCCAGUUCUAAAAUUCAACUGCAGAACAUUAGAUGUGGAAUCAGAAUUUCAUCAGUAUGUACAGCCGAGAAUCUACAAUCAGCUGACGCCAUUCUGUAUAGAGUUGACAGGUAUUGUGCAGGAUAUGGUGGAGAAUCAGCCAAAUAUAGAAGAAACGCUGGAGAAAUUUGAUGAGUGGAUGAAGAAGGAGCUGCUAGACCCCGGUGCUAGAUUUUCUUUUGUUACUUGUGGUGACUGGGACCUGAAGACAAUGUUACCAAGCCAAUGCCAAUACUUCAAGAUAACACCUCGACCCUACUUUAACAGGUGGAUUAAUAUUAAAAAGGGCUUUGCAGAUGUGACAGGCGUGUUUCCAAAAGGUCUUCAACCAAUGUUACAAGAACUAAAGAUAAAACAGAUAGGACGACAUCACAGUGGAAUUGAUGAUUGCAGAAAUAUUGCUGCCAUUUUGAAGAGCCUGCUGGAAAAAGGAUACAUAUUCUCUACCACAGGAACUUUGUGACAUUAGAUUGUCAACUGUGACAGGUUGUGGUUGCUUUAUGGACUUUCAAUGUGAACUACUUUACACAUGAAAUAAUGAACCAAAUGAACUGAAAUUAUGGCUAAAAUUUCUUUCUUAAAUGCAUUUUUUUAAAAAUUACAAAUCUUAGUAUUAUAAUAAUAAAACUUUAUUUAUAGACCAUCUUAUCCCACGAAGAAAGACAGGCUGAAGGUGCUUACAUACAUGAAGUGGCAAGAGCAUACACUUAUUAGUAGGCAUCAAAUGCGUCUUCAUUCAUUCAAACAUAGCUCUCUUUCUCUCUCCACCCUCUCACACACAGAGGCUCACAGGGUAGAGGAAACCCGAGUACCCCAAAAAAACCAACCACAGAUAGUCCUGUAAUUAUGUCAUAUUCAGAGAGAGAGAGAGUGCUGAAGUUGAGAUAGGAACCUACCGGUGUUGUGGAGAAAGAUGUUUUAGCUGCAGUGCCACCAGCCUCUUCCUUCACCGCAUACUUUGCUUUUCUCAGGCUUAUACCCCUUCAUGUUGAGACAUUCUGGAGUUGUCUUAUUUUUUUUGCUGUUAUUAUAUCAGAUUUUGUAGCAAAUGCUGUUAUUAUGCUGUCAGAUUUGUGGGAGAUUUAUAGGGAGAGAGGUGUGGCUAGAAGCUAGGGAGAUGCACAUUAGCUGAGUCAAGACGCGUGGCACAGAUUACUUCCCCAAUCCUUGUCGGGGAAGCAGCAAGGGAGAGAAUAUGGUUACCAACAACUGGAAAGAAUAUUUGUCCAUCACUGAAUUAUUGGAAGUAAAUAAAAAUCUGUAAGUGAG